CUAGAUAGCUCUUCCGCAUCCAACAUGUCGAUGACAAGUGCGACAGAGCCCGAGCGAUGCGUAUCGCUGCUGAACGGUCGCGCAGGCGCUCUGGACGACUAUGCGCAUGACUGUGGGAGCGCCACUCUCCGAUCGACGACAUCGGGCCGCAGCAACCAGACGAACAGCACCACGAUCUGCGACUCGCCGGAGACGGAGGCGGGUCCGGAGGAGGAGCCGUUCGAAGAUGCGAACGAUGUCGAGAGCUGUCUGCGUGGGACACUGGCACCGAACGACCUUGAGGAUGCCGGCCUGCGGUACUCCUACAAAGGCAUACCGCCGGAGCUCUACUCGCCCAAAAAGGAUUUCAUUUACAAGCGGCCGCUGGUGGACAGACAGCUCGUGCUGAAGAAGAGGUGUGAAUGGUGGUUCUACCGGUACAAGUGCAGCCAAAAGAUGUCCACACACUGGCGACAACACGCCUGCCUGUACGCCUGUGCGCUCGUCUUCCUGACGGCCUUAUUGUUCCUGUUCUUCAACGGCCUGCCGAGCGGCCAUAAGGCCAGGCUGGAGCUGCCCAAGGGCAACCAGUCGCCCGCACAGUACCCGCCCGCCGUCACCCCCCUGCUGUUCCCAGUCACGGACCCACCCAACAGCGACGCGGACGGCUUCGAGGACAUUGGCAAGGAGGAGCUCAGUGCCUUUGUGGUCCCCACCAAAGUCUACAAUUACAGUCUCAACGAAGACGACUUGCUCUUCGAAUCGAAGCGAAACAACGACAUCAACAGUUUCCUUAAAGACUCCUCGCCCGCAUUCAGCAUGACGGGCACGUUUCGCAGCAGGUCGCACCAGAUCUGGGAUCCACAUCCGGAGUACAAUCUGCAUGCGUUUGGGCGCGGACUGCAUCUGGUGCUGCACCAGGACACCUCGUUCAUACCGAACGACAUGAUACCCCUGAUUCGCAUACUCAGCAACCGGACCGAUGGGGCAGCGUCGGAAGAUGGCGACCAGGAGCAGGAACAGGACCAGGAGCAGCAGCACUAUCUGGGCUGCUACUACAAGGGCUACGUCGAAGGCGACUCCCACUCGGCGGUGGCCGUUUCGCUCUGCGGCGGCAUGACUGGUUAUAUCAAAACGGGUUUCGGCACACUGCUCAUUCAGCCGGUCAACCAGACCAGCAGCGACGAGGUCUUGCACCGCGUCUGGCGGCACUCGCAGCGCAAUGCCAGACACGCUGUCUCCAAGCUCGAGCUGGGCCUGGACGCACUGGAGCCACUGGAGCUGGAGCUUGAGCGGCAGCUGCGUGACAGCGUGCCCCGCAAGCUGAAGCGCCGCAAGCGCCACUACACGGACAUGGACAAUCAGCUGUACACCCUCGAGGUGCUGGUGGCCGUCGACUCCAGCAUGGGCCGGUUCCACAAGGACGAUCUGUCCGCCUACAUUCUGAUCCUGCUGUCGAUUGUCUCGAAGAUCUUCGAGGACGCCAGCAUCGGCAACUCCAUCCGCAUCUCGCUGGUCAACCUGAUCCUGCUGCCCGACAGCAAUGAACGACACAACUCCAGCAACGAAAUGCUCAAGCACUUCUGCACCUUUGCCAACCAGAAGGGCUACCACUACGACACGGCCAUGCUUAUAACGCGUGAGCCGAUCUGCGGGGGAAUUCCCGGAAAGAGCUGCCAUAUGCUGGGUCUGGCCGAGCUGGGGACCGUUUGCAAUCCCAGAUCCUGCUCCAUUGUCCAAGACACUGGCCUGCCCGCUGCCUUUACCAUGGCCCACGAGCUGGGUCACAUCCUGAAUAUGCCCCACGACGAUGACAAGCAAUGCCAGCCGUACAAUACGAAAUCGGGCAGCAACAAGGAAAUGCACAUCAUGUCCAGCGUUAUGGGCAUCCACAUGCAUCCGUGGUCUUGGUCCAAGUGCUCGCAGCAUUUUGUGUCCGAGUUUCUAGAAAAGACGGACAAGUCAUGUCUGGAGAACACACCCUCCUCGUACAUACCCAACGAGACGAAGAGGCUGCCGGGCGAGAUCUACUCGCUGGACAACCAGUGCGAGCUGAUUUACGGCAACCAGAGCACCCAUUGCUCCAUGGAGGAGGAGUGCCAGCGGCUGUGGUGCAACCGGACGCACACGAAUCCCCACGACCAGUGCCGUUCCAGCAACCUGCCCUGGGCCGAUGGCACGCCGUGCAACCAAAACCGACACUGGUGCCAAAAGGGCAAGUGCGUGCCCCGGAAGGGGGGCCAGCUGCGCAAGGUGAACGGCGGAUGGGGGCCUUGGACGGUGUUCACGCCCUGCAGCCUCACCUGCGGCGGUGGUGUUCAGGAGUCGCAUCGUGACUGCAACGACCCGGUGCCCGACCACGGCGGCAAGUACUGUGUGGGAAGCCGCAAGAAAUACCGCUCGUGCAACACACACGAAUGCCCUCUGGGCACGCCCGAUCCCCGAGAGCAGCAGUGCUACGAUAUGAACGGAAGAAACUUCAACAUUCAGGGCAUCAGCCCAGCCUCAAAGUGGAUACCCAAAUACGAGAGAGAACCGUCCAAGCAGUGCAAACUGUUCUGCCGCGUGGAUAAUAGUAUUACAUAUUUCAAACUGAAAAGCAAAGUAGCGGAUGGCACCACCUGCACCGUGGACAGCUUCGACAAGUGCGUCAACGGCAUCUGCAGGCCGGCGGGAUGCGACAAUGAGCUAAACUCGAUUGCCAAGCUGGACAAAUGCGGCGUUUGCGAGGGGCAAAGCGACACAUGCGAGGAAGUAACCGGAAAUCUCUACGUCUCCGAUCUCCUGAAACUGAAAGACCCCACCAAGACCCUCUACUAUGUGACGACAAUACCAAAAGGUGCGUCAAAUAUCGUCAUCACACAGCCUGGUUAUCCGGAGCAAAACUACAUUGUCCUGAGCGAUGACAAGCGUGCGCCAAUUCUAAACAGAGACGUGGUCAAGACAUAUUCGUUGAAAUUUGUUUAUGCCGGUGUUACGAUAGAGUACAACGGCUCCAACAGCCCAAUGGAGCGUGUGAACACGACCUACUCAUGGAAGCUGUCUCGUGAUCUAGUAGUUGAGAUCAUCUCUAUUGACCUGAGUCCGGCCAAAAAACACGACACAGUACUGAUUUCGUACUCUUACACCAUUGACAAGCCGAUGACCGCUGAGGCGACGGAGGUCGAGAUCUAUCGUUGGGAAAUGCAGGCGUGGAGCACCUGCGACUCGCUCUGCCAGGGCAGAAUGUAUCGUCAGCCAGCCUGCGUUAGCACCACAAAGGGACUCAAGGUGGCGCCGCAGUUCUGCGAUGCCACAGCCCGAUCCAUGGCCGAGGAUCUUAGCUGCAACAUGGAUUGUCGUCUAACUCUGAAUGUCACGAGCAUCUCAGAGUGUUCGGCGUCCUGCGGGGAGUUGGGAACGCGCGAGAAGAACUUCAACUGCAUACAGACAUUCCCGGAUAUUCAGCGUUCAAAUAUCGUGGAUAUGUCUUAUUGUAAGCUCAAGUUCGAGGUGGUACACCAUGAGAAGUGCCGCGAGGGAUGCUGGAAGUAUUCGGAAUUGACAGCGUGCUCCAAGUCGUGUGGCACAGGCACCCAGAAGCGCGAAGUGCGGUGUUAUCUGCACAAUGCCCACGUCAGCGACGAUCUGUGCAGUCCCCGCACCAAACACCAGUACAAUGAGCUGCUCCAUUUCUGCAACACCGAGCCCUGUCCUGUCUAUACAGAAUCACCGAAUGCAGUUUCGGUGAACAAUUGGGUGACUGGAGACUGGGGCGACUGCAAUGAUUGGUGCAAGAAGAGCCGCUCCGUGAGCUGCUCGCAUCCCUAUGGGAUCGGUUGUGAUCGAAACAGGAAGCCCAAGGAGGUGCGCAACUGCUGCCAGAUCAAGUACACCAGCGAGUGGAGUGAGUGUUCUGUGCAGUGUGGCGAGGGGCAGAAGAGGAAGCUCCAGCGCUGUACACGUGUGUACAAGCCCGAAGUGCCGGGCUCGCCCAAGCGCAAGGUGUACAUCAAUGACUCGUACUGUCUAACCCGAAAGGUUCGGAGGCCAACACUCCGCACAACCACGAAGACGUGCAAGAUCAACUGCAAGUGGAUUACCUCGAACUGGACGCCUUGCCCGGCGGACUGCUCCGAGGAGUACCAAACGCGCUACGUUCGCUGUGAAUCCUGGCAGGGCGACAGCAUAGAGGAGGGCCAUUGCGCGGCCAAAAAGCGUCCAACCAAGCGGCGCAUCUGCAACAACUGUGUGCGUCGGCAAUCGAAGGUCAUCUCGGAGUGCAACUGCGAUGGCUACGAGACGCGAAGAGUUUUCUGCUUCGACUCUCGAAUGGGUCGCAUAGCCUGUCCCACCAGAUCGAAGCCGCAGAAGCACAAGUGCCUGCCCCCGGCCAGCUGCAGGAGGCGAAGUGUCAGCAGCAGCAGCAGCAGCAUGACGAGCGCCCGCCGACCGCAGAGCUGCAAGGAUCUGCAGCGCAUGCAUGGCAUCUACAAGGAUGGCGAGUACAUGCUGAUGGUGCGGCUGCAGCAGGUGCGCAUCUACUGCCAUCACAUGAACAGUCUGACGCCGCGCGAAUACAUAAGCGUGGAGCCGCAGGAGAACUAUUCCAUUUACUACGAAUACAAGACCAAGCUGAUGAAUAGUUGUCCGCCGGCGUCCCGGGAGCACGAGUACUACAAUGACCAGAACUCCGGGCGUACGCACUUCAGCAAGCUGCGCCUGAACAUCACCGAUCUGCGGAUCAUCGAUAAUGAUUUCGAGUUCGCCGAGUCGCGAGGUCAACGCCAGAAGCUCGGGUCGGCGGGCGACUGCUACAACCGUAAUAUGCAAUGUCCGCAGGGGGAUUUCUCCAUAAACCUGGAGCGUACGGGCUUUGCCAUGCGCCCCGGCACCGUUUGGAACACACAUGGCAACAGGGUGGUAAUGAAGCGUAGCAGUGGUUUUGACACCGCGAAGCUGACGCGAAGAGCAUUCUGCGGGGGCUAUUGCGGAGGCUGUUUCAUUUCUCCCGAGGCGGGACUUUACCUCGACGUGUUAUGACGUGUGUGGGACAAAUGCACUGAAUUUACAAAUUUACAUUUGAAAGUAUUAACCAGUUUUAAAGGUCCGAACCCAACCAGGUCUGGCCGAGGUCCAAAAGUACGUGGUAAAUUGUUAUUCCUUCCCCCGGUAAUCGGGUCUACGUCCCGGGAAGGACCACGAAGGUUAACCUCAGAGCAAUGCCCUCCCAUUCCAAACGAGUAGCUCCUGCUGCGGAAAUGUCCGAGGGUUAACCCUAGCCAAGCAUUACCAGCCACCUACAACGAUGGACCUCCCGUUUCAAACGAGGACUAGCCGCUGCCAGCCGCAGCACCACCCACUGACGAUCGUUUAAAGUAUUCUCGAAUAUUAGAUAGGAUUUAUCAUCAUAAGGAAUCGGGUCGUGUCAGAGGAGACCGAACAAAGCAAAAACUGCAAUAUUAACAAUUUGGGAGCACGUGUACAUAUAAUAUUACUUUGCCCGAAAUUAGAUCGUAGACAUUAUGGCCAUUUAAAGCAAUAAGGUGUGUACAUACUUACCUGGGGAUAUGAGCGUAUAAUUUAUUCGUUAAGAUUGAGUUGACCAAAAUACAAUCCAUAUGUUGGACAAUAACCAAUAGAUAGUAUAUUUAACGCUUAUUUAUGCUUACAAUGUUGCAAUGCUGGUCUGUACAAUAAUUGUAUUUGUUAAGCUACGCAAUUAAUUAGUUAAGAAACCCACGUAGAGAUAUAGAGAUAUUAAUGUACUAGGUGCUUACGAAUGGUAACUAAAACGAAAUACUCAUAUUAUAUAGGAGAAACACCCAACCCAAUCCAAUGCAAGCCAACCGCACAAGCCAAAACUAUUCAUCUAACUAACACACUGCUGAAGGAACGAACGAACAGUUUCAAAUAAAUAACAGUCACUGCCAAACCUUAUACUUUACUUAUACCCGGUGCUCGUUGAGUGAAAGGGAAUAUACGAGUGUGUAAGAAACAGGCAUUUACGAUCCAAAAAAGUAUACUUAAGAAGGAUCGAUCUAAGCACAUACUUAAUUGUCAGUCCGUCUGAGAUAUACCAUUCGAAGAUCAAGCAUUGAUAUGUGAUGCUCAAGUAUCUAGAUAAAAGUUUGCCUUUUGAUUAUUCUUCUCUCUUGUCAUCUCACUAUGAUAGUGAUUCAUAUUUUUCAAAUUGAAACUAAAUCACUUCCACAGCUGUGACACAGAAAAACAAUCUGAGUAACGGGUAUCGCAUAGUCGGAUAGCCUCGACCAUAUCAUUCUUACUUGUUAAUGUUGAAUUCAUCAUAUCCCUAUGGCCUAAGUCCCGGUACUAAGUAUCCUCGCUGUAUGUUUUGAUACUUUUCGUAUUACAUUCUAAGUUAUUAGUUAUACAAGAACGUCUUUUAACAAAAUAUUUAAUGUGAAUUAAAGGAAUUUAAAAGCUGUUUACCAACCAAA